AUGAGUAGUCGAUUGCGUAUGAUUCGUGAACGUUUGAUAAAAUUGAAUUUAUUUGAUACAGAAACAAAUGAUGAACAUAUAAAAAGAAAUGAACUAUUAUCUACAAGAAUUUAUUUAUUUAUUCUAUUAACAUUAUUAUUAUUAUUAACAUUUUAUGAAGUGUUUCAAAUGGAAAAUAAUUUAAUAAACAUUGAAAAACCAAACAAAGAAGAAUAUGAAAAAUUCAAAUUAAUAUAUUUAAAUAAUCUCAAAUGUCCAUGUCAACAAAUUUCAAUCUCAUAUAAAGAAUUUGUUAAUUUAACUGUUGAAUAUAAUGAAAUAUGUUUGUCGGAUUUUAUAAGUGAAAAAUGGAUCAAUUAUUUAUUUUAUGAUAAUACAAGUUAUUAUUUUCAACUUGAUUUUCGUCAUGAUGCAUCAUCGAAAUUUCAACUUCUUCGUCUUUUAUGUCAAUUAGCUGAAAUAACAAUUAAUGAAAGUUUAAAUGAAUUUUAUUCAUUAAAUUUUAUAACAAAUGAAGUUAUUACAUCGGAAUUAUUUUUCUUACAAGUUCAUUCAUUUAUUGAUUUAUUUAAACAAACAACAAUACCAUCAUUUCAAAAUUUACUUCAAUUAAUUCGACAAAUAACAAUUGCAAAUGGAAUUUAUUCAGCAAUUGAUACAAGUCUUGCUUAUGCACUUCAUCCAUCAAAUAUAUCAAGAAUUUAUUUGGAUAGUAUUUAUUAUUAUGAAAAUUCAUUAGAAAAUAAAAUAUUUGAUUGUUAUUGUGAUGAAUAUACAGCAUGUCAAAUGCCUCAAGGAAUUUAUAGUACCAUUGAAAUAUAUGAUUUUCCUGGUUCAGAUUGGAUACAAGAUAUCGAUGUUAAUGCAACAACUGCUGGAAUAAAUGCAACUUUUCUAAUACCUGGAAUGUAUGUUGGUUGUAAACCUAUUGAAUCAUUAAUGCGUUCAACAAGUCAAUGUUUAUAUGAUAAAAAAUGUUUAAAUCAAAUUGCAUCUUAUAUUAAUCAUACAACAAUAUCAAUUAAUUCAUUUCAAAUAUUAAAUCAAUUUCAAUCAAAAUCAAAUUUAACUUUUCAAAUUUUAGCUAAUCAAUUAUUUAUUGAAAAUUGGAUUAUAAAUAUAUCAUAUGAUAAUUAUUAUUAUCAAUGUCAACCAUUAUUUUGUCAAUUUACUAUUUAUCAAAGACAAAAUUUUAUUCAUAUUUUUGCAAUUAUUAUUAGUUUCUUUGGAGGACUUAGAAUUGUUCUCAGAUUUAUUAUUCCAAUUAUUAUUAAAUUUAUUCGAAGAAAAAAACAUCAACAACAAUUAACAACUACAAACAGUAUUAUUUUAACAGAUGAUGAACAUAAACAAAAAAAUGGAAGAUUAUCAACAAAACUUUAUUUUUUAACAAUAAUUAUUUGUUUAAUUAUAUUUUCUAUUCGUAUAUCAUCUGAAUAUCAACCUCGAACAAUAAUUAUUUCAAAUCCAACAAAAAUUGAUUUUGAACAAUUAAAUAAUAAAUCAAUCGAUGAUCUUUAUUGUCCAUGUAAUGAAAUAUCAAUAAAAUAUUCCAAUUUUCUUCAUUUAAAUCCAACAUAUCAUGAAAUAUGUUCAAGUAUAUUUGCUUCAAAUAUGUGGUAUAAUGCUUAUGAAAUUUGGAAUAUAACAUUACCUUGUUAUUAUCCAUCAUUUGCUAAUUUAGCAUCAUUUUAUUUUUCUCUUUUAUUAACUUUUUGUCAAUCAGCAAAUGAAACAAUUUCAAAUGGUUUAACACAAUUUUAUUCAUCUGAUUAUAUAACAUCAGAAGUUAUUUUAGAAAAUCAAUUUAAUAAUGAAAUUUUGUCAUAUAUUGAAUUAUUUCAAACAAAUAUUCAAAAUACAUUUGAAGGACAAUGGAAUUUAUUACAAAGUAUUAUAUCAAAUAAUCAAAUAAUAAGUGUAAGAAAAACAGAUUUUAUUUUAAAUGGAAUGUUAUUUAAUAAUACACUUUUACCUUAUUCAUAUAUAAAAUCAUAUAAUAAUUGUCAUUGUGCAACAGAUUCAACAUGUCAUGAAACAGUUAGAUUGUGUAUUCCAAAUCGACAAGAUUUUAUUAAUGGAAUAUUUAUUGGUUGUUAUAUGGUUGAUUCAUUAUUAUUAUCAACAACAGAAUGUUUUUAUAAUCAAACAUGUUUAAAUACAAUUCAAUUUUAUAUGUUUAAUUCUUCACAAACUUAUCAAAAUUUAAAUAUUUUAAAUCAAUCACAAUCAAGUCAAUAUAAAACAAAUGAAACAAUUGGAACAAUUCUUAAAAAUCUUUUUAUUGAAAAUUGGAAUGAAUUUUAUUCAUAUGAAAAUUAUUAUAAUCAAUGUAAACCAUCUUUUUGUUCAUAUACAAUACAACAACGUCCAUCUUUUAUUUAUAUAUGUACAAAAUUAAUUGCUGUCUAUGGAGGAUUAACUAUUAUUAUCAAAUUUUUAAUUCCAAAUAUUAUUAAUUUAAUUAGACGAAAAAAACAACAACAACAACAACAACAACAAAUAGCAUCAAAACGAGCUUAUAUAUUGGGAAAAUUAAUUAAUUUAAAUUUAUUUCGAGAUCGUUCAACAAAUGAAGAAAAAAUUCGAAAACAAAUUAUAACAACAAGGUUAUAUAUAAUAGUUUUUCUUAUUAUUUUAAUUAUAUUAGUUUUAUAUACAUCAUUAAAUAAAAAAUCGAUAACAGUUGAAUUAAAUUUAUUAAAUUUAAAUGAAUAUACGGAAUUAGAAAUGAAAUAUAAAAAUACAUUAAUCUGUCCAUGUAAUGAUAUCUCAAUUGAAUAUAAUAAAUUUAUUGAUAUAAAAUUAAUUUAUCAUGAAAUAUGUUAUUCAGAUUUUGUUAGUAAACAAUGGUUUAAUUAUUUAUAUAAUGAUCAAACAAUAAAUGAUCGAAAUUAUCAUUCAACAGCAUCAGCACAAUUUCAAACACUUUCAUCAUUAUGUAAAUUAACACAAGAUACAUUAAAUACAAGUUUAAUACAAUUUUAUUCAACAAAAUUUAUAAGUGGACAAUUAAUAUCUUCUCAAUCAUUUCAAAAUCAAUUUAAUUUAAUAAUAGAACUUUUUCAAAAAUCAGUUCCACAAACAUUUAAACGAACAUUAGAUAUGAUUCAUGGAAUAAUUCAUGCCAAUUUUUAUAUGACUGUUUAUCAAACAAAUUGGAAAUUUACAAUAUUAGAAAGAAAAAAUUUUUCUCCAAUCUAUUCUAAUCCUAUUAUAUAUAAUCAAACAUGUAAUUGUGGAACAUCAUCAAAAUGUUUUCAACCACUUAUUAUUGAUAAUACUAUUUUAGAUGGAUUAGGUAUUGGUUGUUAUCCUGUUCAAACUAUGUUACAAUCUUCACUUCAAUGUUUAUAUAAUCAAACAUGUUUAAAUUUAAUUUUAUCUUAUUUUCGAUUUAAUCAAUUUUCAAAUAAUAUUAAUAAUACAUUUGAAAUUCUUAAAUCACAAAGUGAAUAUGGAAGAAAUGAAACUGUUGAAUCAAUGGUUAAUAGAUUAUUUGUUGAUCAAUGGUAUAUUAAUCAUUCAUAUGAAAAUUAUUAUAAACAAUGUAAACCAACAUUAUGUACUUAUUCUUAUACACAAUAUUUUAAUAUAUUUUAUAUAAUAACAACUAUUCUAGGUUUAUAUGGCGGAUUAACUAAUCUUUUAAAACUUAUUUUACCAUUUAUUAUUAAAAUUAUAUUUAAAUUAUUUUCAAAAACAAAAAUACAUAUUCAACAUUAUCAUCAAAAUACAAAUUAA